UGAAAGCCUAUGGUAGUUGUUCAGAGCAAUUGCACCACUAGGAGAGGGAGCCAGCUCCCUUAGCUUCUCGGCGGCGUCAUGGAGCGAAGGGCGAGAUCGUUGUGAGAGGCGGGAGGUUCCUCAAAGAUCUAUUGUGACAAGUUCGACAUUGUUCUUUUUUUUACCCAGAUCAAGUGCGAAACAUGAAGGCAACUGCUAGCUCCUCUCGGCGAGGAGGGACAAGUCUGAUGAAGGGUACACAAGGGAAGGUUCGUUCGCAACUGACACUACAAGUACUUCCGGUUACAGCUUCUUCAGGGCUUCGUUCGCAACUGACGCUACGAGUACCUCCAUCUCAUGUUCCACACUGCAGUUGCUGGGAUCAGCGUCGAUACAGGAUGACUGCUGGUUGGCAAGGAGGCGGCAAAAACCGAUUUAUUAAGGCUUCCCCUAAUCUAUCCCUGUUUAGGGAUCCCUCAAAGACAGUAUGCGCCCCAAUACAAGGGAGAUACUGACGCAUAUGCUUGAGGGAUUUCCACAGGGAUGAAUAGGGGAGAGCUCUAAACUUAAUCGUUUUCGAGAUCGUGCAACGCGACUUCACAACGACUUUGUUCAGCAACUUGGUCCGCGACUGAACUACCAAGAUCCGCGUUCGAGCACAGUCGCUUCCAAUCCUUCAGACGGGAGCUAUGAUCCUGCAUUGAGGUCAGGGCACCAACGGGCAGUCGAAAAGUUCGGGUUUUCAGAUUAUUUAGCAGGUGGUGAACAAGGCAAACGUAGUACGUCGAAGAAAGGUUCGCAUCAGUGUCAUGAGGCUGAAGUGGAAGGAGUUGCAGCUGGAGCGUCCCCUUUUUCCGCAGCAUUAGCCCCACCGAAAUGGCGAGGAAAGGUGUACGGAUUUGAGUUGCCUGGCUUUGGCAGUAUCGAGAUCCACCACGGAGACAUAUUUGAACACCGCAGAGACGGGCUGGAACAACGAAGUAGUUUUAGUGGAGAAGGGUUUUUCGAACCAGAAGAUCAGAGGACCUCCUCUGCGUCAAGCCUCUCAUCAUCAAAUUCAACCUCCUCAUCAUCUUCAUCAUCGUGUGUUACGUGGCUCGUCCCGAUGAUUCCGAAUUUUCUGCCUGGACGUGGAUUCUCUCUUGAGGUCUUGGAGCGGGGUGGGCAAGGCCUAGUCAAAGAUGCUUUUAGGGAGUCGCGGCGUUUCCUAGCAGCGCGUGAUAGCUCUCAUCUGGACAUUGGUGAUGUCAUUUCAGUUCCUGUCGUGACAGCAGAAGAUCGGGA